UGCAAAACGAAAGAGACUUGUACGAUAUUAACCUUAAUUUAUUAUUACGGAGUGAUAUUUUUCGAAAAUGAGGCGAUUUGUGAUCGGUAUUACCGUUUUGGGGUUCUUGUGGUGUGUCGCAGCAUUACCAGCAACUUCAAAGCAAAUUGACGACGGUAUUGAAUUUGUUAACCCUAAACAACCGUAUGGGGACCAACCAAUUGUGGAUACAAGCGCAGGCUUUGACGAAGGAUCGUUUUCUAAUCCGUUUGGAGGACUUUUCGAAAAUCUAGAAAAUAUGAUGGUUAGAGUGAGGCAACAGAUGAACGAUUUACUGAACAGGUUCCCAGGCAUUAGAAACGGAAAUUCAUCAGGCGAUCUUCCCGAUUUUCCUAGAAUUGGAGAUUUCCCACGUCUGGACAUCGAUUUGGGUAAAGGAAACACCACAUCUGUAACGAAGAUCAUUGACGGUCACAAAGUAGUCAUCAACCAAACCGAAUACCACAAAGACGACGAACUCGGUAGCUCCUUCUUCAAAGUACGCAUCAUCGACGUCCAACCGCAAGUCACGGCUACAGAAAAAGACGCCGAAGAAGUUAAACCAAUCUCCACCGUCUCCAAAGACAGAGAAUCCGUCGAAAACACCGUCGAAAACGAGAUUCUCAAAAACAAAGAGGUUGGUACAAACGGCGCUCCCGAAAAACUAGCCACCCUCUACCAACAACAAUCUAUAGAAAACUUCGAUUUCGUGGACUCUCCAUCUAGAUUCGUCCCCAGAUUCGUCCCGAUGGAAGCCAAUUCGAACUGGAACGACUUUAGCCGAAUCGAACCGAUUGAUGAUAAUUCUCUUGAUUUCGAACCAAUUCGAGAUUUGUCUAGAGAUACGUAUGUUAAUGAAAUUAUGGCUAAUUCUGGUGCUACUAUGAAUCCUGAUGCCGAACUGAUUGAAGUGGUACCUUAUAAAUCUAAUAUUGUACCGAUUGGUGAUAAUGGUGUAAAUUUUAAACCUAUUUGAGAUUUGUCUAGAGAUACGUAUGUCAAUGAAAUUAUGGCUAAUUCGGGUGCUACUGUCAAUCCAGAUGCUGAAAUUAUUGAUUUUGUGCCACAAAAUUCUAAUUAUAUACCGAGAACGAUGGAGAAGUACCAAUAUUCAAGAAGACGAAAGUAAUUUUUUUUGAUUCACUAAACAAAAAUAAAUUUCACAUGUGUUAAUAUAGUUACAAGUUUCUAAACAAAACUACGUGUAGAUUUUUUAUUUUAAGUAUUUUAUAAAACAUAUAGACGAGGCUACUAUAUAUAGAAUGUGUCCCAAAAAGUUUUAUACAAAUUGGAAAAAGUUAUUUCACAUGUUUAUUAAACUUUUUUAUAAUAAGUUGUUUAUAAUGUAAAAUAAAGUCUGAACUCAAUUUUUUAAAUUACUUGGACUUGAUUUUUAAUUGCAAACAACUUCUAUUUAAAAAAACAUUUUGCUUUAAAAAAUAAAUAAUAGCACUUCUUCUUUAUACAUCUUCCUAUUUAUUUACACCUUGUAUAUCUGUUCUAAGAUUUUUUAUAAGUUAAUUUAAUUUUGAUAAUUCUAAUAAUGACUUUAUCUUAAAAUUAAUAAUUUUUCUCUUCUUCUGGACUCCCUAAUAAUACAAUAAAAAAAACAGUUAUUUAGUUCUGUUUAGAAACGCCCUGUAACAUAAUCAGCUCUCAUCGACAUAAUGUUAAGAUAUUUUCAGUGUUUUUUCAUAAUUUUAUUUAUUUAUUUAUUGUUAGCUGACUGUAGUAUAUUUUUAAAAGACGUUAAGUAAUAAAACCCUAGAAAUUGAAUUUUUUAAACUAAUAAGAGACGAAUACUGCUAUCAGUAGGAGAUAGUAUCAGUGAUGGUAACUUUAAUAUGUUUUUCAACAACAAGAAUGACAUUUUAGACAUUUAAAACGAAGCUUUUUUAAAUAAUGGAGCGCUGACAUUUUUGUCAAUUGAUUGACAGUAUACAGUGAUCGUCGCAAGAUAAAUUCUUGCAAUUUUGUAGUUGUAAUUAAAUCUGUCUUAUAGCGUUUUUCAAUGGCACUGACAAUACGCACUGAGUAUAUUUGUAUCCUUGUUUAUCGAUAUGGAAAAGAAGAAAGUGAAAAUACACUCGGAACGCACCAAACAUUCUAGUGGAAAACGACAUUACAUACUUUUUCGGUUGAUGCAAUCUGACGUAUGUCAUAUAUGUGUCUUAAAAAGUGACAAAUAAUACAGACAAAAAAUUCUAAUACCAAAAAAUGGUUUCAGCUUUUUGAUCCCAGUAUUCCCCUUUAUGUUUAAAUGAUUAUUUACGAAAACCAAUUUGCAGUACAGCCAUAAUCACGUCAUUUUUAAAAUCUGCUAACAUUAAUUUAUAAAAUAUAUUGUUCACCUUUUUUUUUAAUUUUACAGAGCCAAAAGUGUUUUAAAUUUUAUUAUAUUUAUUUACAUGUAACUAAUGUUAGUGCUGGUUAAAUAACUUGUAUAAGUUAAAACCCAUAAAUGAAAAUCUUUUAUGGUUGUAAAGGUUACAAUCUCCACAAGUGUUAAAUAUGUACGCUAAUAUUAUCAAAGGUUGUGUACUUUUUGAGAUACAUUAUAUUAUUUACAUGUCUUUUAAAAAUAUACUAUAACAGAAAUCAGAAGACUGACCUGAAGCAGCAAGUGAUAACAGCUUUAUUUUUUAUGUAUAAAUAAUAUUUCUUUUUGUGACUUGAAAAUAAAAAAAAAAUGUUUGUGCAAAAUUAAAAAUAUCCUCAUUUUUGAUAAAUAUUAACUGUAUUAAUAAUAAAGGUUUUAAACAUUUCGUUUUAUU